AUGCCUAAUUUAAGGAAAAUCAAUUGUGUUCUAUUUAUACUUAUAUGUUUUGUCUCAUCAUAUAACUCUCCUAAAAGUUGCGAUUUAUAACCUAGAAAUUCUUUCGAGUAAUUAUUGGUUUUUUAUUAUUAACUAAAAGAUGAUGGAAAAUAUCUUGAGUCAAUGGUUUAAUAACAUUAAAUGAUGAUUAUUUCUUUUCGUAAUUUAAAAUAACAAUUCAUAUUUUUCCUAUUUUAUAUAUUUUCAAUGAGUGAAAGCCUCAAAGGGAAAUUUUGUUUUUGGAGUCUUAUACUUAAUUUCUGCAAUUUCAUUAUAAGCCUAUUGUUAAAUUAAGGGUUAAAAGAUGUUUCAUUUAUUGGGAUCAAAAGAUAUAUUGAAUCAAGGUUUCUUAAUUGGAGAAUAAUCAAUACCUAUAGUUUUUCCAUUGUAUUUCUUUCAAUCAACUCUCCAAAUAAUCUUUUUAAAAGUCCCUCCUUCCUUCAGAAUUAAGAAAAUGAAAAGUAAAUGUUCAACCUUUAAAGUUGUCCCAUAUUGAUGCAACCCAUACACCGUUAACUAUUAAAUUCAUAGACUUAUAUUUAUUAGAAUUUAAUAUUUAGUUAAUUCGAUUUAUUGCCUAAUUAUAAAUUUUUAUCUUAUUCCAAAAUGAAUUUAGUUAUAUCUUAGGAGUUCUAAAAUUCAAUAAAUCUUCCAAUGCUUGAGAUAGAUUAAUGCCUCAUGGUUUCAAUCAUAAAAUAACACAGAAUUAGAAUUAAUCAGAAUUAUUGA